CCCAUCGCUGCCGAGGGUUAUACUCUGUUGCGCGGGCGAAGGCGCCGAGUUUAAAGCCUCCCUCCCAAAUUUCUAGGGCGUGUUUCGAUCCUUAAACCUCUGAAUCUUCCUCAAAUUUUCAUCCAAAUCAAGCCCUAAUCUGCUCUCCAGAUCGAAAUUCCUUGCAAUUUGAUCUCAUCCAUGGAGAAUGCGGCCGUGGCCUCGGAGACUUCCGUCCGCCGCUCGAAACGGGGUAGGGUUUUGGAGACGUCGGAUGUGGCGCCGAGCAAAUCGGGUGGGUCGAUGGAGGAGAAGAGCACCGACCAGGAGCAGGGAUCCGGUGAUGGUUCAUUCGAUGAGCUCGAAGAGAUCCUCCCGAAACCGAAGCGCAAACGUGGUCGGCCGCCUCGUGCCGCGGGGUUGAAAGAAUGCGACACUUUGUUCGAUGCUGUAAAAAAUAAUGGGAAAUAUAUACAGUAUAUGGUUAAGAAAUGGGUGGAGCGAUAUGAAGCUGAUCCCAAAUCAGCAUUAGUUGAGAUUCUAUUGAUGCUUUUUGAGACAUGUGGUGCUAAAUAUCAGCUGGGUGUUGCUUCCUUUGAUGAGAUUAACGUGGAUGACGUGGUUGUCUCUCUUGUUGAGUUAGCCAGGAAUGGAGUGAUUGAGGAUCAUUAUAACUCAAAGAGCAGGGAGCUCAAGACCUUCAAGGAAAAUCUUGGAUUGUUCUGGGACACUUUAGUUCUUGAAUGUCAGAAUGAACCACUAUUUGAUAAGAUAUUGUUUGAGAAAUGCAUGGAUUAUGUAAUUGCAUUAUCAUGUACUCCUCCAAGGGUGUAUCGUCAGGUGGCCUCAUUAGUGGGCCUUCAGCUUGUGACUUCCUUCAUAACUGUUGCCAAAAUACUUGGUCGGCAGCGUGAAACUACACAAAGGCAGUUGAAUGCUGAAAAGAAAAAACGGAAUGAUGGACCUCGUGUAGAGUCACUUAACAAACGGCUAUCCAUGACUCAUGAGAGGAUAACUUAUAUGGAAGAAAUGAUGCGCAAAAUAUUUACUGGAUUAUUUAUGCACAGAUAUCGAGAUGUAGACCCUGACAUCCGAAUGUCAUGCAUCAAAUCUCUUGGUAUAUGGAUUGUGUCAUACCCCACACUUUUCUUGCAGGAUUUAUACUUGAAAUAUCUUGGAUGGACAUUAAAUGACAAAAGUGCUGCUGUGCGUAAAACUUCAGUCCUUGCUCUGCAAAAUCUUUAUGAGUUGGAUGAUAAUGUGCCUUCACUUGGACUUUUCACUGAAAGAUUUUGCAACAGAAUGAUUGAGCUUGCAGAUGACAUUGAUGUUUCAGUGGCGGUGUCAGCCAUAGGUCUUUUGAAGCAACUGCUGAGACACCAGCUCUUAACAGAUGAUGAAUUAGGUCCUCUGUAUGAUCUUCUUAUUGAUGAACCACCCAUGAUUAGGCGUGCAAUUGGUGAGUUAGUAUAUGACCACUUGAUAGCACAGAAAGUGAAGAAUUCACAAUCAGGAAUGUCAGGUGGAGAUAAUGAAUCCUCUGAGGUUCAUUUGGGAAGGAUGUUGCAGAUUUUACGAGAAUUUCCCGAUGAUCCUGUUCUGAGCGCAUAUGUAAUUGAUGAUGUUUGGGAUGACAUGAAGGCCAUGAAAGAUUGGAAAUGUAUUAUUGCUAUGCUCCUUGAUGAGAACCCCGUUAUUGGACUUACGGAUGUGGAUGCAACCAAUCUUGUUCGAUUACUACAUGCUUCUGCUAAGAAGGCUGUAGGAGAGAAAAUCGUCCCUGCUACAGAUAAUCGGAAACAGUAUUACACUAAAGCUCAGAAGGAAGGAUUGGAGAACAGCAGGAAGGAAAUAACUAUUGCUAUGAUGAAGAACUAUCCACAGCUUUUAAGAAAAUAUAUAGCUGAUAAAACAAAGGUGUCAUCUUUGGUGGAGAUUGUUGUGCUUUUGAAACUAGAGCUGUAUUCAUUGAAGAGGCAGGAAAAGAAUUUUAAGGCCAUUUUGGAACUUAUAACUGAUGCUUUCUUCAAGCAUGGUGAAAAAGAUACUUUGCGGUCUUGCAUCAAGGCAAUUACCUACUGCUCUAAUGAAAGUCAAGCAGACCUGCAAGAUUUUGCACAAAAUAAACUGAAGGAUCUUGAGAAUGAGCUACUGACUAAGCUGAAGUCUGCAGUGAAGGAAGUGACGGUGGGUGAUGAUGAGUAUUCUCUUCUUGUUAAUUUGAAGCGAUUGUAUGAGCUUCAACUUACAAAGUCUGUUAGCAAUGAUGAUUUGUAUGAAGAUAUGGCUAAAAUUCUUAGGGAUUUUAAAGAUCUGGAAGAUGAGGUAAAGAGUUUUCUGCUUCUCAACAUGUAUUUGCAUGUAGCCUGGUGUCUGCAGUCAAUUGAUGGUGAAAAUCCUUCUGAAACAUCUCUUACUGCGCUUAUGUCCAAACGCACAAUGUUGAUUGAGCAAUUACACUAUUUCACUAACACCAUUCCUGAAGUUCAAAAAGAAGGGAGGGGCAGGAAUGUGCUUUCCUCUAGAGUCUGUAUUAUACUUGCGGAAGUUUGGUGCUUGUUCAAAAUGUCCAGAUAUACUUCGACAAAGUUGGAAAUUUUAGGAUAUUGUCCAGAUACAUUGAUUCUUCAGAAGUUUUGGAAGCUUUGUGAAAGUCAGCUUAAUGUUUCAGAUGAAACUGAAGAUGAGGAUGCCAAUGAAGAAUAUAUUGAAGAAACCAACCGUGAUGCUAUCAUGAUCGCAGCUGCAAAGCUGGUGGCCAGCCAUACAGUAUCUAAGGAUUAUCUUGGUCCAGAGAUCAUUUCACAUUUUGUUAUGCAUGGACCAAGUGUUGCAGAGAUAAUUAAAUAUCUAAUUACUGUUUUGAAGAAAAAUGAGAAUGAAGAUCUUCCUUUUCUGUUUCUUGAGGCAUUAAAAAUGGCCUACCAGCGGCAUUUGUUGGAUCUUUCCGUGAGUGAUUAUGAAACCUUAACAAACAAGUCUUCAGAUUUUAAAGAGCUGGCUUCUAGGCUUGCAGGGACAUUUGUCGGUGCGGCCCGCAACAAGUACAGAUCUGAAAUCCUAAAAAUUGUUAAAGAUGGUAUCUCAUUUGCCUUUGUUGAUGUGCCGAAGCAUUUGACAUUUCUGGAGGGAGCUGUUCUCCCAUUUAUACCAAAACUUCCUCCAACGGAUAUAGCAGAAAUAUUGAAGGAUGUCCAGCGAAGGGCAGAGAAUGUAAACACAGAUGAAGAUCCCAGUGGCUGGCGCCCCUAUUUCACCUUCAUCGAGCACCUAAAGGAGAAAUGUGCAAGGAAUGAGGGUUUACAAGAUGAAAAGGACGGAAUUCCUGUAAGACGUCGAGGGCGCCCAAGGAAGGAUGCUAACCUACAAGGAAAAAAGCUCUUCGAGCAGCAAGAUUCUAGUGAUGAAGACUCUAUCAGUGCAUCAGAGAAUGAUCAAGAUGAUGAUGAAGAUGAUGAUGACGAGCAGCAACCUCUUAUACACACAUUUAGGUCCUCUGUCUCUAAGCUCAGGUCGCUUAGAGUUCAGCAGCAGGAAGCAAAUGGUCAAGCAGGACCUUCAAGAACCACAGGGAGCAAUGGGUAACAUGUGGAUUUUCAGUUGCCGGUUAUGGAUCAACGUAUUGAACAGUGUUUUGUAUCCUGCAGUUCAGUAACACCUGGUGUCUGCCUUGUAUGGAAGAUGCAAGAAAUUACCCAUGAUUAUGUUAUAUUAUAUGUUGCUGCUUUUCCUUUAAUUUUUUUCUUCUCCUUAGAUCCUUAGAUGUAUAUAGCUCUGUUUAUAGUGUGAUAUGUUUUCUUGUGGCUGUGUAACUUCAGUGUUGAGCUUAGAACUGAUCUUGCUGGUGUACUAACAGUUCAAUUUUGUUUGUAGUUUUCUUAUAGUUAAGUAUUUUGAACCUUUUAAGCACCUGAAGAUAAAUCUCCUAAUAGCCAAUUCAUUUGUUUUCA